AUGGCUCCGUCGAUACCCAAGGCCGCCGCCACCGCCGCCGUCACGAACGGCAGCCGCGGUGCAAAGAAUCUCAAACAGGGCAAUUUGUUUUCCUUCUUUACGACAUCCCGCAAGAGCUCCGCAACGACCAAGCCGUCGUCACCGUCCGUACCUCUCGAAUCUACCAACGCUCCCGUCCCCGGUGACACCAAACCCUCCACCGACGCGACGACUCACUCCCCAAAGUCCACCACGAAACGUCCGUUGACGCCCCCGUUGCGGGUAGGGGAUGUCCUCCAGGUCUACUGGCCGGACGACAAAGCCUACUACCAAGGCACGUUGGUCCAGAUACGGCGUGCGACGUCGGCGCCGCUCCACUGCAUCGAUUACGGAGACGGACAAGCCCCGGAAUGGAUCGAUCUCAACACGACCCAGUACCAACGCGUCUCCAACGACAAUCAGCAGCAGAAUAUCGACAACAAUAACAACCGAAAUCAGCACAAGCGACGACGUAUUCCGGAACCCGACGAGCCAGACGAAGAAGCCGAAUUCGAGUUUUCGGGAGACUUGGAAGAACCCGAGAGUUGCGCCGACGAAGACGACGAGUCGGCCUACGAGCAAGACGAACAGAACGAUAACGACGACGAGAAUGAGGAUCAGUGGAUGGUCACCGACGACGAAGAUGAAGCACCGCGCAAACCCAAGCGUCACAGUGUAUCAUCCCGCAGACCCUCACUCUCCAAGUCCCGUCCAACACCCUCCGUGACCGUCACGGCACACCCGCCAGCUGCCCCUCAUCAGACACCGGCCCGACCCGACGUUUCCACCACUCCUUCCGGACCAAAGCGGAACCCACCGCACGUGACACCUUCCCUGGCGGGGGCUUCGCUCGCAACCAACACUCAACCGUACCCUUCACCCUCCCUCGCCGCUACCCCCUCCCCUACCCACGCUACCCAAACCAAAGGCAAGCCUCCCAUGUUCGAAAAAGGUGUCGUCAACAUUGCGGGUUCCCAUGCCCAUAACCAUUUACCAUUUCUCCAGAAUCCCCGCGACGCCCAGGGACGCACUCCGGACCACCCGGACUACGACCGUCGGACACUCAAGGUCAAUUCCCGAGACUGGCUCAACGUCACGGGCGGAAACAUGACCGACGCCGUCCAACAGUGGUGGGACCUCAAAGCCCGCUACGCCGAUACCGUCCUCCUCUUCAAAACCGGAAAAUUCUACGAAAUGUUCCACGCUGACGCCGACGUGGGCGUCCAAGUCUGCGGACUGCUCUACAUGAAGGGACACGUCGCCCACGCCGGCUUUCCGGAAAUAUCCUACGGACCCAUGGCGGAUCAACUCGUCCGCGCCGGCUACAAGGUAGCCCGUGUUGAACAGACCGAAACACCCGAUGCCCUCGCGGUACGCAAAAAGGCACACCACCGACGGAACGGACCCGCCCCCAAAGUCGUCAAUCGCGAAGUCUGCUCCAUACUUACGCUCGGCACCCGCACCUUUGGCUAUCUCGACGAUGACACGCACAUUGCCACUGGUCAAGGCGGCGUGGGACCCCUCCUGGCGAUUCGGGAAACGCUCGUGGACCAAGGGGAACGGCAAGAUGACGUAGAGGUGGAAGUGCAGCAGGCGCCCGUUUGCGAGUACGGUAUCACUCUUGUCGAUGCAGUUCACGGGGUCGUGACGAUUGGACAGUUUGCCGAUGAUGUACGCCGGUCCCGGAUGGAUACUCUCUUGACCAAUUUUGCACCCUCCGAGAUUCUGGUAGAGGGCGGUCCCAAUGGUGCAUCCGAUACUCUCUUGUCGCUAAUUCGGACGGCCCAGAAAACCUCGCUCCAGUCUACGCGUUUGGAAAUCAUUCGGGCCACGGAGCAAUUCCCGCAGUCCACCGCACUGGAUCCGGAGAUUCGCCGCAAGCUCGACCGUCCGUUGUCGCAGAUUCAUCCCUGGGAUGUGUCGGAGACUCUGGACGAGCUGCAUCGCCGACGAUAUUAUCCGCGCGCUUCGAAGCAACAAACCGAUCACGUGAGUGUAAGCCGCUGGCCGGCCGUGCUGCGGGCCGCGGUGGAAGGCGGGGCCACCCUGGCCUUAUCAAGUUUUGGCGCCGUCUUGUUUUACUUGCAGCGGAAUCUUGUGGACGGUGAGCUACUUUCCAUGGGUGUCGUCAAAGCCUAUAUUCCACCGUCCUCGUCGACAGUCACGGAAGAGUCACCCAGCCGUAUUCAGACAAUGGCCGAACGCGACAGUUGGAGUGAAGCUGGUGUUGACAUCGACGAUCAGCGCACUACGGCACCUUUGUCAACGAAGACUUCGCCAAACGUUACACAGGCAACACAAGAUCCUGUGCCCAUGCAGUUUGAGAUGGUCGAAGCCAUUAAUAUCGAAAACGAUAUCAAUCACAUGGCACUGGAUGGAACGACUUUACACAACCUCGAGAUAUUGUACAACUCCGUCGACCACAAAGCCAACGGUAGUCUGUGGUCCAAAAUCAACCUUACCAAGACUCCGCACGGAUCCCGGUUGCUUCGUGCAUGGUUGCUCCGUCCUUUGUUCCGCCGAGCGGACAUUGAUCGACGGGCCGAUGCUGUGCAGGAACUCGUGUCGGGAGGAGCCGGCAUGGCCUUAUCGGAAGCGCGGUCUGUUCUCGCCAAGUGUGGAGACAUUGAGCGAUUAUUGAGCCGGGUCCACAGUAUGAGUGGAAUGACCCGGAUUCCCGGGGAAGAAGACGAUGCAGACGACGGGAGCAGUUACUAUCCGAGCGACCGCGCGGUGUUGUACGAAACAUCCACCUAUACAAAACGCAAGGUUGGCGACUUCUCCAAAGUGCUAAAAGGGUUGCAGCACGCAACACAGAUUCCGGAGCUCUUUGACGGCAUCGAAAUACAAAGUGGGCUGCUGAGCAAAAUCGUGCGCUUUACAGAUCAGGGUGGGUGUUUUCCCAAUAUGAUCCAGGAACUUGAAUGGUUCUUUGAAAACUUUGAUCUUGACCAGGCUGCCAAGGGAUUCUUCGAACCAUCCCGCGGAAUCGAUGAUCUGUAUGACCAGGCUUGUGACGCCAUCGCGCACAUUCAGUCCGAACUGAACGAUUACAAGGAGGAAAUGUGCAGCACCUACUUGCAACCCCGGUCUGCCGCCAGAUCGUCCUGGAAAUACAUCAAUACCAAGCCCGAGUCAAAAGAAAAGUACACAAUCGAACUUCCAGCCAGCGUACGCGUUCCAGAUAACUUCAUUCUCAAGGGAAAACGUGGGAGCGGCACCAAGCAGAUGAAUCGAUACAGAACGGCGCAAUUAGAGCACUUUGUCCAGGAGUUCGAAAACGCGUAUGAAGUACAAAAGAAACGCAAGGCUCGAGGCAUGCAACUUAUAUUUGCCAAAUUUGAUUCAAUGCGGUCCUUGUGGGCUGCUGCUGCCCAAGCUACAUCGUUGUUGGAUGCGAUAGGGGCGCUAGCCCAGACGGCUUCGAAACCCGGCUAUACACGAGCCAAGAUCCUGGAUUGUCCGCAACAUGCUUCCCCGACUAUUCGAGUGACGGGCGGGCGACACCCUUGUAUUGAAAGUUCGAUUGGAUCCAACGAUUUUAUCCCCAACGAUCUUUCGUUGGGCACGGAAACGUCGCAAGACAACGCCUCCCGAGUGCUUUUACUUAGCGGACCCAAUAUGGGUGGGAAAAGCACGCUUUUACGACAGACUUGUUUGAUUUCGAUACUUGCCCAGAUUGGUUGCUUCGUUCCGGCCGAAGACUGCGCGUUGACUCCGAUAGAUCGCAUCUAUACUCGACUAGGUGCCACCGACCGUAUUCUAUUAGGACAAUCGACAUUCUUUGUGGAGUUAGCGGAGACCGCCGCUGCUCUUCGAGGAGCGACACGUCGCAGUCUGGUAAUAAUGGAUGAGCUUGGCCGAGGAACCAGUACUUUUGACGGUACCGCGAUUGCGAGCUCCGUUGUCAAACACCUUGUCGAUCGAAGCAAAUGCUUGAGCCUGUUUGCAACUCACUACCACUCCUUGUUGGAAGAAUGGAAACAUAAUAGGAACGUACGGCUCGGACAUAUGGAGUGCAUCGUCGAAAAUGGUAUCACUACUUCUCGGCCUGAGAAUGAAGAAAAAGACGAAAGUACAAUUACUUUUCUAUAUACGCUCGGCGAGGGGGUUUGUCCCAAGUCGUUUGGCAUAAAUGUGGCUCGCCUGGCCGGCUUACCAGAAGAUGUCUUGUCGAACGCUAAGCGCAUUAGUUCCGAAUUUGAGCAGGAGGUCAAUGGCAAUGGGUCGAGAGCCACAUCACCAAAGCUAUAG